GUUUAUUGUGCGGCGGAGAGGCGAAAGGAGAGGAGGUUUCCUUUGAGCAUCAGGCAGAGGAAGAGGAGGAGGAGGGAUGGCUCCUUUGGUCCUCCUUCUGGCUUCUUCCUCCUCCUUGCUGCUGCUGCUCCUGGGGAGUUCCCUUGGUGUUUCCUCUCACUUUUACCGUAUUACGUACAUGGGUGUCUCGCAACCCAACCAGGAGUUGCCCCAGUUCAUAGCUGUGGGGUAUGCAGAUGACCAGCCCAUUGCCCGCUAUGACAGCGGCACGGAGAAGAUUGUGCCUCAGGUCCCCUGGAUGAAGAAGGCAGUGGAAGAAGAUCCCAAGUAUUACAACUGGUACACCCAGAUCUUGCAGCAUGAUGAGUAUAAUUUCAGAGGGGACCUGGUGACUCUGAGGAACCGCUACAACCAGAGUGAAGGGUUUCAUACCGUACAGAUGAUGAUAGUCUGUGAGGUGAGGGAUGAUGGGAGCAAAGGCGGGCACUGGCGGUACGGCUAUGAUGGGAGGGACUUCCUCAGUUUUGACAUGGAGACCCUCGCCUGGAUGGCUCCUGAUAUGCAAGCCCAGGUGAUCAAGAGGAUGUGGGAAAAGGGAGGCAAACUUGUCCGACGCUUCAAAGCCUUCCUGGAGGAAACCUGUGCUGAGUGGAUGCAGAAGGACUUGGACUAUGGGAAGGAGAGACUGCUCAGGAAAGAGACCCCAACUGUGAAGGUGAUGAGGAAGCCUGAGUACGAUAGCAUGGAAACCUUGAUCUGUCAGGCCUAUGGGUUCUACCCCCAGGAGAUUGACAUCACCUGGACAAAGGAUGAUGAGGUCUGGGUGCAAGAUACUUUCCAUGGAGUCCUCGCUCCCAACUCAGAUGGGACUUACCGCACCUGGCUUGGCAUCAAGAUAGACCCCAAGGAAAGGGACCACUACCGUUGCCGUGUGGAACAUGAUGGCCUCUUGGAGCCGUUGGAACUGGCCUGGAAGGAACCUGCUUCUAACCUGGGGCUUAUCAUUUCAUGUGUUGUGAGUGCUGUCCUCCUGGUUGCUGGGAUUGUUGGGAUCUCUGUGUAUAUCAAAAGACAUCAAGAUGGCUACAGAGCAGCCUCAAGUACAUGAUGCCUCCUCCUUGAACAACAACAGUGUAGGAAAUUUUGGUUCAUAUAUUGUUUUUAUCCAGGCUGUACCUCCUAGGUGUAGUUCCCAAAGAGAGAGACAGGCUGCACCUUCUGGGUGUAGACCCCAUUUUUAUUUCUGUUGUAAGAAAAAAAUGAAUUUUGAGGUAAUUUCCUUAAAUAGAUUACACUGAUAUUUGAUACUGCUUCAUAAUAUUUGAGGCUAUCAUACUUUGGUUGCAUAAUAAGAAGGCGUGGAUCACUAUAAAAAACAAUAAUGCUAGGAAAGGUAGAGGUUAGCAGGAGGUAGGGAAGCCUAUUGACCAGAUGGAUGGACACAAUUGAGGGGUUAUGGGCAUGAGCACAGCAGUGGAAAAUAGGGAUUCUUGGAGACAUCUCAUCCACAGGGUCACUAUGACUCAGAAUCCACUCAAGAGCAGCUAACAAUAUUCAACACGCUCCAGCAGAUCUUCUAAAGGAAUUACUAUAUCAUCUCACAACAUCAAUAUUUUAUAUUCAGAAUGCUUAAAUUGUGAUAAACAAAGAGAUGAUAGAAUCGUGUAAGAUUCAGAUACAAAAGAUAAGGAUGCCUUUUAUUAUUUUCAUUAGUUUUGGAGAUGUUAAGUAGGGAUGUAAGGGAAGAUAUUACAAUUAAGAGUAUGGAGCUAAAAGUGCAUUGUUAUAAAUGUAAGGCAUUUGGAGAUGAUAUAGUAAUUCCUUUAGAAGAUCUGCUGGAGAGUGUUGAAUAUUAAAUCUUGCAGGCUUGAACAUUUCAAUAGUAAUUGCAAAGAUACUUAUGUAGUAAACUAUAUUUUGUCAUGGGCAGUGAAGUAGGAACUGCGAGAAAAUUUCUAACAAACUUAUAACUGGUGUAAAGAUAAAUAGAGAAAUUGAAAUCAAAGGUAAAAGGAUUUAGAGUGAUAUAAGAGUUCAGUAAAUAAGGGUACAGAAGAAGGCCAGCGGAGAAGGAAGUAGAACAAACAAGAAGAAGGAUUUAAUGAUAAAGAAUAGAUAUAUUUUAGGAUUCUGCUUUUUUCAAUAUUGUAUGUUUGUAGAGGAAAUAUUGAUAAUGAAAUGUAGUUGUUUAUGUAUGUGAAAUUUUUUAACACUAAUAAAAUUUAAAAAAUCUUGCAGGCUU